AUUUACAAUGAUCGCAGGCUUAAACAGAAAAAGAAAGAAUGCUGCAAGUGGAGAGGGUUUGGAAGACUACCCAAAGUCCAACGGUAAAGUCGGUCGUCCUUCCAAAGGAGGAGAUUUGAUUCGUUCCAAACGAUACUACUUUAAAAAUCAUUUAAAGGUGCUUCAGAAGCGAAAACUAAAGCGCUAUGUCACUACUGUCAAAAAACUGGUUGUCAAACACAUGUAUCAGGCCGAAAAUAUUAUGGAGGAGCUGCAGAAACUUUGCACUUUAUAUAAACUCAGAGACAACAAAUCCAUUGACCAAGAUACGAUUCUUCGUGCUGUGAAUUUGGGAAGAGAGGAUCGCUAUCUAAACUUUAUGGACGAGGAGGCAGACAAUAUGCUUCCAGGUGAUCCUGUUAUUAAAUUAGACGUAGAUGUAAUUCAGGAGACGUUGAUUGAUUUGGCAAGUAAACACGCGACUCGACUAUUCCAAAUCACCACUUUAUGGUCUGCUUAUUUACUCUCUCAUCACACUCGAAAGAAAUUCGCAAUGGACCCUGAGGAAGAAAAAUUGGAAAAGAUGGGAGUCUAUGCAGACGCUAAUUACAUAAUUGAUUACAGCCAUUUAAACGGUCAAGAAUUACCAGAAGGAUUUAUUCAGGGAGAUAGGUUUGAGGAUGGAGAUGGUACAAGUAAAAAAAGGCACAUGUCUAGUUCAGAUAGUCUAGUUCCACCAGUUGAUAUGACACCUGUAGCAUUUCCGUCAAAGACAUGGCAAUGAUCAUCCAUCUGGCUUUGAAAAAACCGCGUUUUUUUUUUUUGCCUAUUAAAAUUCCUUUAUUGCUAGUUUUUAAUUAUUUACCUUUUUCUC